UUUCAUAUUGAGAGUCGAACCAGAAACGGAGGCAUGGGUUGUACAUUAUUGUCAUUUUGAGAGAUUUAGCCUUUGCAACCGGGCAGACCUAGAUGGUGGUCAUCUUUGUCAACCCAAUGUAGACAUGUCUAUUUCACCACUUCAAAAGCACAGCACUUCAGUAAUAUAUAUUCGUUCUACAGAUACAGACCUACAAUACCCGUCAUGCAAUUCGGCCCAGGAAGCUCUACCAGUGGUGUUAGCCUAGCGCGCAUCGAACGAACAAAGUGAAUCAAGUCCCAAGCUUUCCUGAAUGGUUUGUUUAUUGUGACGGGAUGUAGCAUGCUAGCGUCAGUCAAGGUUCAGCAUGGCACAUAGCUUGUGUGAGAUGGCAAGGCCAGCAUCUUUCUUCCUAGCACCUAAAGAUGUCUUAUGUAGCCUGUUGCGUUAACCUGCUUUGCCAUGGAGACCGCUGCGGGAAGUGAGCCCAGUGAUGCAGAGCUUCUGGAUUCCAUCUCUCAGGAGCCACCACACCCUCCUCCACAGCCACCCCCUGGGAAACUGAGGAAGACUGCCUUCAAGUUUUUCAGCAGCCGCAAGAGUAUCUGUGUCCUCCCUAGCUUGUUUGGUGGGCUCGGGAAAGGCCAAGGGAGAGGGUCCUCCAAGACUGGCGUCACCAAGAGCAGGACGCACGACGGCGUGAGCCCAGGAUGCUGGGACGACGCAGUCAGGGGAAGCGGCGGGGAUGUCUCAGCGGCGGACUUUGAGUUCCGCACACAGCGAGACUCCGGAGGAGGGAGCGACUCGCAGAAGGGAACAGAGACUUUGAAAUCGCAGUUCCUGCCUUGGCAGAGGAGGGGCUUCCGCAGCCUCUUCAGCAGCUUCAGGAGACCCAAGAGGAGCAAGAAUGUGGAAGUGGCGAAAAUUUCAAGUAUGGAAAUGUUGCCCAGUGCCUGUAACGUGCCUGUUGCCCAGGUGAUUGUUGGACAUCACAGCAACUACUGCCUGAGCGGUGUGGUGGAACCGGUUGUGCCUGACCCAGUUAAUGGCAGUGAGUGUGUAACGUCCACUGCCACUGAAUGUAUGAAAGCUGAAGUGUUAGUGCCUGAGAAGAAGAAGGGGAGAAAGGGAACCCCUGAGGAAGAGGAGGAGGAUGAUGAGGAAGAUGAGGAUGAGGAGAGGAGUAAAGUGGAGGCAGCUGCAGAAGAGACAGAGGUUAUCACAAGGGCUGUUCCUGGCACAUAUCGGCAGCCCCUGUGUGCCGAAUCUGAGCUGGUGCGGCUCACUGAGCAAAACCCAGAGGGUGCAGACAGUGACCCGCCAGCUGUGUCCUCGUCCUCCGAUCACGCCAGUCUGGUCUACGGUGACGUCUCGUCCCUGAAGAGCUUCGAUUCGCUCACAGGCUGUGGGGACAUCAUCGCGGACCAGGACGAUGACAGCGUUGCCGAGAGCUCUGUGUCAGGGGAGCGGGGCAGCCGCAACGCCGGGAAGCGCAGCUCGUGUUUCGUCACAUAUCAGGGCGGCGGUGAGGAGAUGGCCACGCCGGAUGAGGUGGACGGCGACUACCUGCAGGGCCUGUGGGAAAGCAAGGCCGGGAAUGAGGUGUGUUACGUCCCCGCUCAGCAAACUGACAGCCUGCCAAUCACCCCAGACCAGCCUAUCAGCUCGCUGCACACCAUCACCACCCCCAGCAGCAUUGGUGGUUGCACCAGCAGCAGCAGCAAUACCAACAGCUGCCCACUAGGAGUGCUGGAGAAAGUCCUGAGCCCCGGGGAACUCAUGACUCCUCAGAGUGACCACCAGGAGUCGGUUCCCAACAGCGACGAAGGCUACUACGAUUCCACCACGCCUGGAGCAGACGAGGACACGCGUGACCGGGCGAGGCCAGAACGACUGCCACGCGAUAGCUACAGUGGUGACGCCCUGUACGAGCUCUUCGAGCCUGACGACCGGCUGCUCAGCCCCCCUCUGCCCCACAGCGACCCGUGCAGCUUCCUGGGGAUGCCCCUGCCAGGAAGCGCUGAGGGCAAAGGUAGUCCCGUUAACACUCCGAAGACUGGCGCCAUGGAUACGUGUGCCAUAGAGACCGAGGAGGACCGACUGAAUAAGAUCCAGCAGGUGCUUCUGUGCUGCGAGUUGCAGAGCCUCAGGAAGACCACCAAAGAGCCGCUGCUCUUCAACCGGGGCCCUUAUUACACCGACUCGGACAUCCCUAUUAGCAACUGCAAAGUGGGUAAGAAACAGAUGGAGAAGCCCCUGAGUCCCAGAGGCACCAGGAUAGCCCCCGUGCAUCACACCUUAGAGGACGCUCCUCUCUCGGACGGAGGGGAAAGUCCGCAAACACAGGACGAUCCCACAUUCUCUCAGAUCCCAAGUCCACUGCAGGAGCCGGGACCCUACCUGAAGCGAGACCAGCGCGGCCCACUGUCCGCCCACCUCCACGGCCCCUCACUGCCCAGCAGCCAGUCCCAGGAGGAGCUGACGGUGUGCUUCUCCCAGGCGCUGGUGGAUUUCAAUAAACACUCUCACGUCUACUGUAACUCCACGGAGAGUCUGGAUGGGUCCGAGUCCAGUUCGCCCUUUGGCCAGAACCUACAAGCCCUGCCAGCUAUUGUGACCUUCGACGUGGUGGACAUGGAAAACGAGGGGGAGUUUGAACACCAGACCGAGCUGGGCGAGGGCGAGGAGGAGCUGGCGUCUCCGUUCGAGCCGUUCGAGGACGAGAGCUGCUAUCUGCAGAAGGACGCCUUCGCGGAGUGUGACGAGCGCAUGUUCGACGCCUACGAACAGAGCCUGCUGCUGGGCAACACCUGGGGCAUCACCAGCCUCCCGCGCCACCUCAGCCUGGGCCGGGCCUGCCAGCCCACGCCCGCUCCGCUGGCUCUGAACCGACGCAGCCGCUCGCUCGACACCGACAGUCUGGAGCUGUGCGUGAACGACGCGUCCUCUGGAGCCCAGUACGAGGGCGUGAGAACUGGCUCGCUUCACCGUAGGAAGAACGGACACCUCUCUGUCACCGAUACCAGGGGCAGCUUGAACCAGCAGGUGGCCAGGGACAGCCGGAGACACGGUCAGGGUCCCCGGGAGCCUGUCUCCGUCUCCAACUCUGCAUCCCUCUGCCAGAAGCAGCCCUCCGCGUGCCACCCUCCUCCUGACACGCGUCCUGCCAGCAAGCCAGCCCUCCAGGCUGCCAUCAGGCCCUCCGACUUGCCUCUGCAGGCAGGGCCCUCAUUCUGCGGCCGUGGCCGUAUCCCAGCGCCGCCUUCCUCGGUGGGGGCAGCAGCGGGAGGCAACGGGGCGUUUCUGGGAGCCAGCCGUACUUCAGGAGAGGGCGUGGAGGUUUUUUACCCUUGUGGCUUUCCAGACCCCGGUCAUUCACAGGGCAAAGCACGCCCGGUUGGGGUUACGCAGGGGGUUCCCCACCGAGGCCCUAGCUCUGGUGGGGGCCCUAGCCCCUGGUCCCGAUCAGACAAAGAGCGAGACGUUAGUGGGUUAGUGGGUAAGAGUAUGAAGGCAGUGGAGGUGGGGUAUGGCCCCACUCAGACCAAACGCACCACAUAAUCAAGGCCCUCGGACAUGCAAUCUGAAGUUGGAGAUCCCAUGAGUCCUGGACUGUCAUCACCCAAGACCCUGGUGGAGGUCUCCUCAGCACUAUCCAUUACUUUGGAAUACCAAGUUUGUGCUCGUUCACAGUCUCUCUCUCUCUCUCUCUCUCUCUCGCUCACUCUCUCACUCUCACUCUCACUCUCAC